AUGAACCUUGCGCGACUGUUUGAAGUUCCUCUUGCCAGCGAUCUCAAAGCGGAAAGACUUCAGUCCCUAUUCACAGAGAGCAAUCCGCGUGCAUCGGAGACCGACCAGGCCAGAUGCACUAUUCACUGGGCCGAUGUUGUCCUAUCCUCAACAUAUGAAUCGGAGCAGCAGGCUGAUGGCAACUACUAUGUCCGGGUGGAUAAGGGUAAAGUGGAGGUGUCAAAACAGGACCAUGAGUUUAUUACAACCGGUCUUCCACGGCAGAUUGCUGACCCUUAUUUAUAUCCUAGCGAUGUCGCAUCGGAAGUCAAUAUUGUCAAAUUGACUCGAUCUCAAAUAGCGCCCUGGAGAGAUCUCACCGAGCGAUUGAAUCAAACAAUCGAUGACGUAUUGAUAGGGCUGUCUGGAAGGAUGGAAAAAUUGCAACAAAAGUACAUAAUGUUCGGGCUGCAGGGAAAUAUUUCGGGUGAAUAUACUCCAACCGGCUCGGGCGCAACCAUUACAUCCAAGAACCCGGAUGGAUCUCCCAUGGCUAAGCAAGGCAGGAAAAGGAAAGGCCAAAACCACUUCUGGACUCCCGAAGAGGCCAGGGGUUUGCCCGGCUGGUUUGAGCAACAUCGGAACCUCUCCAAGAAAGAAAUUCAGGAAAAAUACUUUCUGUUCUCGGGCCUGGAUCGAAGCUAUGACUCAUUGCAAGCCGAACUCUACAAACAAGGCUGUGGCUAUUUAUGCAAUAAAAAGAAUAGGCCUUCGCAUGGAAGGCAUGCCGCCACCGAGCUACUUCCUCCGGCUGUGAAACUUCCCGUCCCAGGAAAAUCUACUGAUCCUUCCAAACUCCCUGUGGCGUUGGGCAUCAUUUCUAAAUCGCUUUGUUCACUCCAACAGAACUCUUCGGGAACUCAGACGAUAGAGACUGAAUUCGAGUUGAGGGCAUCGCCAUGGCGAGCGCCCUAA